AUGCUAUUUCCAUAUCUCGCCCUCUUUGCUGCUAGUCUUAUCAAUGGCGCUGUGGUCUCUUCCAAUCUGGCAUAUGGGAGAGACCAAGAAACAAGAUCUCAAGAAAUUCGAGGCCGACAGAAUAAUCAAACACCUAACAAAACAUGCUUAGCUGCCAAGUCACUGCAAACCGCUAGUGAAAAGACAGGUCAAGAAGCUGGAACAGAUGGGAUUAAAGCUGGUCAAGCCCCUUCCGCAACCGAUGAUGCCAACUUUAUCAACUUCUGUUCGGGUCAGACUAUAACAAACGGCCUGCAACUUACAGCAGGCUCUUGUAAUGGUAUUCCAAUGGGCAAGAUCCCCGCUUCCAAAAACAUGGUCUCAGCCAUGAUAACCAAUCCACAAAUUGGCGACAAAAUCCCAGCAGAUACGACAUUCAACGUCUCCGUCCAAACUUCUCAUCUUAAUGCAGGUUUCUUUGUCAACCCAACUACGAACUAUUAUACUGCACCGCAAGAUCUGGAUAAUAAAGGCGACAUCAUUGGCCAUUGCCACGUUACGGUUCAAGAUAUCGGUACCCUCAAAUCUACAACCCCUCCUGACCCAACCACUUUUGCUUUCUUUAAGGGCAUAGAUGAUGCCGGUAACGGUAAAGGUCUCCUCCAAGCCGUUGUUACCGAUGGUCUCCCAGCUGGUGUAUACCGCGUCUGCACCAUGAUUGCCGCUAGGAAUCACCAGCCGGUCAACAUGCCUGUCGCCCAGCGAGGUGCUCAAGAUGACUGCACAAAGUUCGAAGUCGUUGCAGCCCAGGGUAGCAAUGGCAGUGCGAGUGGAGGCAAUAAUAGCAAGGGCGGAAAGAAUGCGGGGAAUGCAAAUAAUGGCAAGGGCGGAAAGAAUGCGGGGAAUGCAAAUAAUGGCAAGGGCGGAAAGAAUGCGGGGAAUGCAAAUACUGGCAAGAUGGCUUCAGGAAAGGUUGACGGCAAAGCCCAAGAUCAAAACUUAGCAUAG